GUGGAGACGGCCCUGUACGUCAUCCCGGGAAAUCCUCUUCGUCCGGAACCUGAGCUCUGCUGUCUUUUCUCUUUCCCCCAAAUCGCCGAGUUCCCCGCGAGAAGCUGCUGGCUGGGUACAUCCCAAGGUACAUGUACCUGACUAGGCCGUUCGAGGGGUCCCUCUCUUUCAUUGGAGCGCCCGGCUGCCUUCAAUAGCCGCAUUCUCGUCGCGUAGCUGCCCCCUUUGAUGCGGGGCACCUUUUUGGCUCCGCGGUCAAGCCAUCGUCCCGAGAGUUCGGCGCGAUUACUUGAUAAGUGGGAGACCCUCCCUCAAAGCCGCUCUUCCGGAUGGCCUCUUGACCUUCUCCCCGCCCUUCACAUUCUCGACCGUCCCACUUUUGUCGUCUCUUGAUCCUCACAUCUCGCCAGUCCCGAGAUCCCUUCUCACAUCCCUUUUUGCCGUGAAACCUUAGUAUUCCCUCACGACACCCUGUUGUCCUUGUUCUUUCUCUAUAUCCCUUUACAAUCUCUUCUACUAGUACUGGUUUUAAACUCGGCCCAGCAUGGCUGAGAGCAACGGCAAUGGUGGCCCAAUGCCUGAGAAGGUCAACACCAACAUUGUAACCUUGACCAGGUUCUUGACGGAGGAGCAGGCAAAGCACAAGGAGGCCACUGGAGACUUCACAUUGCUUUGCCACGCCCUGCAGUUCUCCUUCAAGGCCAUCGCCUACUACAUCCGGCGGGCCACGCUCAUCAACCUGACGGGGCUGGCCGGGGCGGCCAACGCGACGGGCGACGACCAGAAGAAGCUCGACGUGAUCGGCAACGACAUCUUCAUCGAGGCCAUGCGGUCGUCGGGCAAGUGCGCCCUCCUCGUGUCCGAGGAGGAAGAGGAUGUCAUCUUCUUCGAGGGCCACGGCGACGCGCGCUACGCCGUUGCCUGCGACCCCAUCGACGGCAGCUCCAACCUAGACGCCGGCGUGUCGGUCGGCACCAUCUUUGGCAUCCACAAGCUCGCCGACGGCAGCACCGGGACCAAGGAGGACAUCCUCAAGCCCGGCACCGAGCUGCUCGCCGCCGGCUUCACCAUGUACGGCGCCUCGGCCCAGCUCGUCAUGACGAUGCGCGGCGGCGGCGUCAACGGCUUCACGCUCGACAACUCGUUUGGCGAGUUCAUCCUCACCCACCCGGACAUGCGCAUCCCCAAGGCCCGCGCCAUCUACUCGGUCAACGAGGGCAACUCGCUCUACUGGGAGGACCACGUCAAGGGCUACUUCGAGUCGCUCAAGCAGCCCCAGGGCGGGGACGCGGGCAAGCCCUACAGCGCCCGCUACAUCGGCAGCAUGGUGGCCGACGCCUACCGGACCCUGCUCUACGGCGGCAUCUUUGCCUACCCGGCCGACAAGAAGAGCCCUAAGGGCAAGCUGCGCAUUCUCUACGAGUGCGCCCCGAUGGCCAUGGUUUUUGAGAAUGCCGGCGGCCAGGCCCUUAACAGCAAAAUGAUCCGCAUGCUCGAAGUCGUCCCCGAGCAUAUCCAUGACAGGUCCGGCAUCUUCAUGGGCAGCUGGGACGAGAUCGAGAAGGUCAAAUCCUUCCAUAAAUAAUGGUAGCAUCGGUCAGGGGUGCAAGGCAAAGACGGAGUGGGUGCUCAAGAUGAACAUGCAUGCACAUAACGAGUACAAACAAGGACAAAAAAAAACAAAAGUUGAAAUACGAUGAAAACUACGUGGAGCAGCACCAGAAUGAUGAGUAAGUAGGCAAAUGCUUUUGGAUAGCAACUAGCAAGUCUAAACACGCUUGUCAAAAAUAUCAUAAACAAAAAAAAGCAAAAAAAAAAGCAAAAGCAAAAGAACGUCUUGAUACCGAUCCCUGGGAGACGGGCGAGUCAAGACAUUUAAAUCUCACCAAGGACCC